AAUUAUGAUUAAGGCAAUUCUCAUCUGUGUCUUAUUAUUAUCAGUUACUGCAGGACAUGUAAGAAAAACCCAUAAAGCAGUUCAUAAUAAAAAAGCUAGAACCUUUAAUAGCGCUUUCAUUGAGUUUGAAAAUUUAGGUGAUAAAGAUUAUCAUUUGAGUGCAAAGGAAGCUUGUAUUUAUUUAAUUCUAUGUGUCCUUCUUAGAACAUUGGGCCUAAAUUACAUCUGAAAAAGAAACUUAGACCAAAAAACAUGCAUCAUUCACAGAAACUCAUUCUGAAUACGUACCAGGAAUCGUCGGAGAAGUAGUUGAUCUUUCAAAUAAUGCUGGUGUUUAUUCCUAUACAGCCACAGAUAUUAAUGGAAACAUUCUUGAAUCUGAAUCAGGUGAUAAUUUGGCUAGUAAACUUAAUGCAGCCUAUCUUGAGAUGACUUCAAAAAUUUAGGAAUCCAGCUGAAAACAUUGAUUUAUAUAAUAAAUCAAAACAAUACAUC